AUUACAUUCUUCUCUUCAGUCUUCACUAUUUAUUAUCAUGAUGAAUCGCCGAUCGAGAAAGAUGUCUUCUUUUUAUUUUUAUUUAAUUAAUUAAUACUCUUAUUGGGGCAGGGGGCUGGCUGGAGGAUGAUAGUCUCGAAAUUUUGAGAGCGAGGUUGUAGUGGAACUGGGUUUUAUUUCUUGAGGCUGAGCUGAGGCGAUCCAAUCCUCCUCGUUCUGGAACACAUUGCUGAUUUAUCCGCUUUGUGAGGACGACGGUCUUAUCAGUGAGUUUGGCAAUGGUUAAGCAUGAAAGCAGUAGCCCUUCUGUGUCGUAGGAGCUUCUUUGGCCCAAAAUGUCCAACACUUGACCUCUCUUCUUCUCCCAACCAAAUUCAUUUGCGUUUAUCCUCCUCCUCCUCCUCCUCCUAUAACCCGACGCCUCAUCAGUCGUCUGAGAACGACCGUCCGGUUUCCAGUCACCAGAGAGAAGAAGAGACCAAGAGCCUGUGUUGGAGGAUACAGAGGCUCCCGAAGGGAGACCCUGUUGGGGCGGCGUUCCAGAGCUGGAUGGGCGACGGCUUUCCCGUCCACAGAGGCAAUAUCUUUCACGCCAUCAACCGUUUGCGCAAGCUUCGACUGAACAAACGCGCACUCGAGGUGAUGGAAUGGGUGAUCAGGGAGAGGCCCUACAGGCCAAAGGAACUAGACUACUCAUAUCUAUUAGAAUUCACGGCUAAGCUUCAUGGUGUAUCAAAAGGGGAGAAACUUUUUUCUUGUGUCCCAUCCGAAUUCCAAAAUGAGUUGCUGUACAACAAUCUUAUCAUUGCAUGCUUGGAUAAAGGCAUGAUACGGCUUUCACUUGCAUACAUGAAGAAAAUGAGGGAUCUGGGUCAUCGCAUCUCAUACUUGAUUUUCAACCGCCUUAUCAUCCUUCAUUCUUCGCCAAGCCGUAAGAAAGCCAUCACAAGGAUCCUCAGACAAAUGAAGGCUGAUAAGGUUGAUCCACAUGUCUCUACAUACAACAUCCUGAUGAAAAUUGAAGCUAAUGAACACAAUAUCGAAGGACUGCUAAGAGCAUUUGGUGAUAUGAAGCAAGCAAAUGUUGAGCCAAAUGAGAUAUCUUUCUGUAUAUUAGCAACCGCACAUGCUGUGGCAAGACUGUAUACGGUUUGUGAGACCUAUGUUGAAGCAGUGGAGAAGUCAGCAACAGGGAAUAACUGGUCAACAUUAGAUGUCCUCCUCAUAUUGUACGGGUAUCUGGGCAAGGAGAAAGAGCUGGAGCGAACUUGGGGUAUUUUGCGAGAACUGCCUCAUGUUAAGUCAAGGAGUUUCGUGCUGGCGAUUGAAGCAUUUGGGAGGAUUGGGGUUCUAAGUUGUGCUGAACAGCUUUGGUUGGAGAUGAAGUCAGAGCAAGGGCUGAAACUAACAGAGCAAUUUAAUUCAAUGAUGUCUGUUUAUUGCAGACUUGGGUAUAUUACUAAAGCAACAAAGCUGUAUAAAGAAAUGGCAGAAAAUGGGUGCAAACCUAACGCCAUAACGUAUAGACACCUUGCCCUUGGUUGCUUGAAAGCCGGGUUAGUGAAUGAAGCACUGAAAACACUAGAGUUGGGGAAGAAUUUGGCAGCAAGCACCAGGAUCAGGAGAUCGACCCCAUGGCUGGAAACUACUCUUUCAAUAGUCGAAAGCUUUGCUGAGAAGGGUGAUAUAGAGAAUGCUGAGAAGCUCUUUGAAGAAUUAAAAUACGCAAAUUAUACUAGGUACACUUUUGUUUACAAUGCCCUGAUGAAGGCUUAUGUCAAGGCAAAGAUUUAUGAACCAAAUCUAUUAAAACGGAUGAUUCUGGGAGGGGCCAGGCCAGAUUCUGAGACAUAUGGCCUCUUGAAGCUGAUCGAGCAAUUCAAAACCUAAUUUGUUGUUGCUUUGGUUGUGUAAGAAAUUUUUGGGUUUCAAUUGUUCCCCUGACAAUGCUUGUAUUUCAUGUUUAAAUUCGAACACAAUAAACAUGGAAGGAUAUCACAGUUACUGCUAUCAGUUUCGUGUUCUGCAAAAAUCAUAGCUGCAAACGGUUGCUGAGUUGCCGUAACUGACGCCCAUUUUCGAUCCUGCUUUUGCUCAUUAGCCAGGGCUUUCUGAGAUGCUGAAUUUAAGGUCACUACUCUAUAUGAUGAGAUUUUGCAAUUUUAUACUUACCAAAAUAGGGAUGUCAUUUCGAAUGACAGAUUGAUGUUUGCACGUAUUGACAAAUGGAAUUUAUACACUUAAUUUGCAGUGUGAAAAG